AUGGCUGCCGCAAUGGACGACAGGAAUCGAUCAUUAAAACAGGCCCUCAUAGAUAGCCUGACAGCCAUCCUGUCGCCAGAUCAACAAUCUAGACAGAUGGCUGAAGAACAGCUCAAGGUUCUCGAGGUCACGGAAGGUAGGAUAUGUGAGUUGCUUUAAAUUCACCAGGAACGCUGUGCUCUCCUAAACAUCAAAAUGAAAAACCGUGCUAGUAGAUGUACAUUUCACGGAAUGCUCACUUGUGUGCUAAACGGAUACUUUGAGCUCAGCUGGGUUAGUGAUUGCCAUUUAGAAGUAAUAAGCUACGUAUUCUGACCGUUCUUAGGCUCUCAUGUGUAUUUCUCUUCAUGCAAAUCAAUGAAAAAACUUUCAAGAAAGCUGAAGUAAAAAACUUAAGUUUGCAAGCAAACUUUCUGAAAUAAGCUCUGAAUGGUUUCUCGAGCCGCCGUUUGCGUGGAAAUCAGUCUACAGAACUCGGAUUUUUUGCGUUUUACCACCAAACCCUAAAUAGAUUGGUAAUUUUGCUGUCAAUUUCAAAUUAACAUAUGCACAGUGUAUUAGGACAGUAAGUGCAUAAGUUUCUUAUGUAGCAGUUAUUGCAUAGUAUGCUUGAUGUAUGCAAAUGCGUUGCGUUUUUCGUUCAGUGAAAAAACUAUUGAGUGGCUUGAAAUGUUGUUCAUUUUGUUCCAUCUUCUAUUAGUGGCACCAUUGGGGGUCUGGUAGCUUCCUUUUCAGUGACUUUGGAUUACUGUUUUCAAUUGCUUUCUAUAGUUGGGCAGAAUCCUCAAUAUUUCAAGGCAAACCUCAAAAAGUAUCCUUCUUUACUUUAAUCCCACAUGUGGUGCUUUUGAUACUGCUGGUGCCAGCACUAUGCAUAAUGCUUCUUACAUCUUCUCCUAGUUAGUUCAGGUUUUAGAGCGCAAAACUGCUGUGUGGGAGGGCUAAGGUUUAAGCCCUGGAGGGGACCAAUACUCAGGGUUUUAAAAUAGCUGAGAACAAUGUGUUGCCUUUGUUAUGACAUUUGCAAAUGGUUAGAUGUUGUAGUCUUCUUGCAUUAGGAUGAUAAAUUGUAGGCUCCUUCACCUGCAUCUUCUUGGUACUGGUUAGCUGGUGAUGUUAGAGAACCCUAGCAUUUCUCACAAAGAUGAAGGAACAUAGCUCUGGGUGUUGUGAUCUGGAAAUGUUUCCAGAAACUCCAGGCACCUUCUAAACUUCUUUUGAAAAAAUGUAAACUGCUUGAUGCAGUUUGGCCAAAGUGGCAGGAAAAGUGUUGUAAGGUCUGUUAGAGAAAAUUAACAUGAGAAUAUGCUCUAUAAAUUCACUAUCAUCAUCCUAUGAAUUCAUUGUAAUCAAUGCCCAGCACAGCAACAAGUUAUUUGUGGCAAAAACUCAGAUCUUUACAUGAGGAGUUCUCACACUAAUGGUUUAAGUUUAGAAACUUUUUCAACUUACUUGUGAAACAUUUUCUCCUAAGAAAAACCUAGAUUUAUAUAACAUAAAAGAUUCAUAUAAUGCUGUUGAAAAAAAUCAACUAAAAAUUUGAGGCUUCAGAAAUACCCCCUAUUUAGGGAAAACUUCCUAAUCUGGUGGUGAAAUUUGGACUUCAUGAUUAAUUAAUCCUUCUGUUUUAGUUUUUAUGACCAGAUUCAUAUUGAUAUUGUAAUGAUCAACGUUCCUGUGAAAACUACCAUAUAAUCUUUUCCUCUCCCCCUCCCAUAUCAGAUGGUCUUCAAAACCUCUCCUCACUGAUCAAGAAAUUGAAGUCUUGCUUAUCUGUUCUCUUCAUUAUUUUACAUGUGCAGCAUCCCUACCCUUCUUACAACUCCUCAUAGUUUGGCAGAUGGGAGACACUUGCUGAUCAAAGUUUUAACUUUACUUCAUAAUUUUCAGAAUUUGGUGUCCAUUUAGCAGAACUCACAGUUGACAGAGAGGGAGCCCUUGCUAUCAGACAAGUCAGUGACAGCAUUUUUCAAAAUAAUAAGUAAUAGCAGAUAGAUUUUACAAUUUAAUUAAAGUAUUUUGUGGGUUAAUUACAGUUAAGUCAGCUUAAAAACCAGAAGGCUCAUCUUGUAGAUUUAAUAGAGAACUCUUUUCACUUCCCACCUCUUGAGUUGGGAGAAAUGCUCUAUACUCUCAUAAAGCAAACUACCAUAAGUCAAUCAGAAUCCUUGGUAGUGUGGUUGAAAUAAUCUGAUUGGUUGAACAAGAAAGCUGUCAAAAAUGUCAAACCAUCAAAGUUCACAAUCUGCCAUAAUUCACAAACUGAAAUAGUUUGGCAGUUUGAAUUUAACACUUUUGCCUAAAGAUUUUUAGUCUCAACAUGGAUUCUGAAAGUGAAAUGUUCUGCAAAAUCUGGCCAAAUUGUGGCUUAUAAAACACAACAGUUUUUUCACAUGACAAUUAGACAACAAAUUGCCUAAGGCCCAUGUUUUAUGAAUGAACGACAGCUAAAUUCAAAGGAAGAUGAAGCUUGCUUGGGAUGACAGCACCAUAAAACUUGGCUGCUGUGACUGAUGUGGCUGUCCACUCAAUACAUUGGAAAGGAUAUCUGACAAAGCUCUUGGUUGUUCACUCAAAUUAUGGCCAAGGCUUGUUGAGGCUUGCCUCACUGUGAUGACCGUAGAUCAUCGCAAUGAGCUACUAGUUAUGGACCAUAGCAUGAUGGUGGUCGCUCUGAGACUCAUGGUUUGCAUGAAUUAUAACAGUUAUGCCAGUUUGGCUAUAUUUUUCAUCAUUCAUGUUUUGUUCUGUUUUGUUUUUCAACAUGAAACUUUAUAUAUAUUAUGCAAGAGUUGGCUGUGUUUGAUUCUUAUACUGUAGGUAUGCUUACAAUCUAACUGAGCAUGAAUACCUUGAAAACUUGGGCUUGGCUUAACCUCAAUUACAGGGCUUGGCAUGUUUACAAACCUUUGUUUGGUUCUACUUGUGCUAAUUGGCAGCUCACUUGUUCUGAACUUUCACUUUCAGUUAACGAAAAAAAGCUAGUCUAAGAGAAAAGUUCAGGAAAUGGUUGGACAUAGUAAUAAUUGGCAGAAGGUGUGACGGCUUUAGCUCAGCUCCAUGCUUGGGACUCUGAUAGAGCUUGCUCUGUCAACCAAUGACAGCAUGCUUUAUAUCCAAACUUCAUAUCCAAACUACUUGGAUUGUAUGAUAGUAUCAGGUUUCCCACAGACAGCUUCUAGAUCCAAUUUAUGAUUCUUUGUCAGGUGAAAAGCAUUGAUAAAGUUACACGUACAUGUAAAUGUUGCGUGUUCGAACAAAACUGAUAACCUUGUCUGAGCUUACUGGAUUGGUCAGUUUUUUCUUAUAAGUUCACUAAAGGAUGAAUCUGCACCAAUUUGAUGUUACCACUAUUUCUUUUAACUGUUUCCAUCAAGCUUACAUGAAUAUUAAGUUUGACUGAAGAACAGUCUUGUUUAUUUAGUGUAACAUAGAGUAAGAAAUUUGAUGUUUUCUUUGAACAUAAAUCAUUUUCAGCUUGCCUCAGUCAUUCUAAAGCAGUAUGUUGAAGCCCACUGGAAUAGCAGUGCUGAGAAAUUUAGACCUCCUGAGACUACAGAUGCUGUAAGUACAUUUUUAGUAUACUUCAAGUCUUACAGUGGUAAAUGUAAAUCAUCUCUGUGGAGCAAUUUAAUGAGUUUUCUUUUUCAAUUUCCAUAUACAGAUAUAUGGCUAUUUUCAUUUUUUUUAACCCUUUAAAUACCCUAAAGGGAGAAGUUUCUCCUAUGAGAUAGAGUUUCUUCUUAAAAAUGUCAAUUAGGAGUAGUAUAACAGUCCUCUCCACAUGUUCAGUGGAGAGGAGGCAACCAUAAGGUGUAUAUAAGGGUAAUUUAGUGUUAUCAACAGAGUUUAAAAGCCAAUGUUUUAAGCGCUAGGCCUUUGUCAGAGUGAUUUGGAAAGGCUAAUGCUCAAACCAUCAGCUUUUAAACUCUUUACUGUGGCUAAUUUAAGUUAUCAACUCAGUUCAUGAUACUGAAUUAUCCUGCUGUACUCUCCCACCAACACAGUACCACAAUUUUUUUAGAAACUUACUCCCUUAUUCAUAAGUACCGACAUAGUCAAUGGUCUUUUAUUUUAGUGACAUUAUUACCAUUCUCUCAUACAUUACUAAUUAUCAAAGGUUACAGAGAUAUUCUCUUUUCAUUUUAUUUUAGGCCAAGGAAGAGAUUCGUCGUCUUUUACCAGGAGGUCUACAGGAAUCAAUCAGUAAAGUCAGGUCAAGUGUGGUAAGUUGUUUUCAUGUUGAAAGGGUAACCCAUUGUGAGAGGUUAUUCUUGGCAUCUCUCAUGAUCAACUUAGUGUGGAAGGUUUUUUCCCCCAUCAUGGCCUGGGGGAAAACUCAAGUUCUAGAAGCAGUUACUUGUGUGUGACUGUUUUUACCAGAUGACACCAUGAGUUACCAGUUACACUAUGAGUUACACUGAGAGAGCAGGUUCAAGAGAGAAAAUGACCUUGAGACUUGCAAAGACCUAACUCUCAAUGUACUUUUGAAAGUUUAAAAAUCUCUUACUCCAUAGGAAAAAAAAGCAGUAGUAGAUUCACAGUCUUCUAAUUAUAUUUGUACAUCUGUAAGUCUUCCUCAAUACUUGUAGAUUUAUACUUAUUUGCACUAUAUAUUUUCAGGCAUAUGCAAUCUCUGCCAUAGCAUAUUGGGAUUGGCCAGAAGCUUGGCCACAUUUGUUUGGGAAUCUGAUGCAAGCAUUGACAAGUGGGGAUGGCAAUUUGGUUCAUGGAGCCAUGAGAGUUUUAACAGGUGUGAAAAACUGUACUUCACUAAAGCUUAUGAGGGGUGAAGGAACAGCUACUGGAAAAUGGAAGCUUUUGAAGUGGUGUCCUUCCAACUUGUUCAAACAAUGGUUAACACUUUCACUACAAGAUUUUAAUAUCCAUUUUCCCCACUGUUUACCAGACAUUAUUUUCUUAUAACUUUUUCACUUCUCAUCACCUUUCUGCUGGAUAUUGUAUGGAUAUUGUUAGGAGAAAUUCGUCUUUGGUCACACCUGGGAAUGAAAAGGUUAGAAAAACCCAAGGUCAACUGCCCCUUAUGUCUAAGGAAAUGUGCAUUGUGAAGUAGGAGACUGUAAUAUGAGAGUUAGGAAAGUUUACAUUGUAGAACUGAUUUUGAAAUAGAGAGAAAUGCUUAUUUGUAAUGCACUUGCAUAAUUGUGGAUGUUUGUUGUAAGUAUUAUUGUUUAGCCUGUUAAGGGUUUCUAUUAAGUCUCACUUAUUUCUGAGUAGCAGUGUAAAGUGUUUGUGAAUCUAUCCUCAGAGUUCUGCCGUGAGGUGACAGACACACAGAUGCCUCAUGUUGCACCUGUGAUCCUGCCUGAAAUGUACAAGAUAUUCAUUCAUGCAGAGGUAUGUUGGUGGAAAUUGUGCACUGUCUGUUCAAAUAAAGCUGAAGAUUGAAAUUUUGUUGAGGUCUACAUACCUGUAUCAACCUCUCAACAUGGUGUGGUGUGGUCAUUUGUGUUUCAAUCUUUUUUGUAGAAGUACAGUAUCAGAACAAGAUCCCGUGCUGCAGACAUAUUUAAUACUUGUGCAUCACUAAUCUGUGCAAUGGAAGAAGAUGCAAUGGUGAGAUCAUUUGUCACUUUAGGAAAUUGGGUUUAAGAUUAUUCUUUUUUUUUUUGCCUUCUUGUGGGAUUUUAAACGGAAUGCUGGUUACCAGAAUUUCACUUGUUAAUUUUAAAUUGAUUUAUUCUUAUUUGUGAAUGAAAUUUAACCACUACUCUUGGUCAGACUCUUCCUCUCCUAAAGGAAGUAAGUCUAUUACAUAGGACCAUUCCAUCGUUGUUUCCCCAUUAUUUUUGCCAAAAUAUACAAGGGGAAAAAUAAAUUACUCAAUUGGCUAUAGGUAUUCCUUUUUUGGGGGGGGGGGUGAAGAGUGGCAUUAGGUAAUUUUGAGAUCUUGGAAUCAUCCAGAUUUUUUAAUGAACCCAAAUUUGGUUACUGGGAGUAGGGAGGGGUUCUUGGGAAACCCUUUUUGGGUAGGGGUGGGGGGUAGGCAGAUAGUUUGUUCCUGUUGUUGUCAGAAGAGGUUCAAUUUCUACUUGACAUGAAUGUGUAUUGAUUUACCAGAGUGUGUUGAGCACUAAAUUUUCUUACCUCUGGUAAUGCUUUGGUAUUUAUUGUGAUAUGGAAGCAGUCAGACUAAAAGUUUUGCAUGCAAGCAGUGGUAUUGCAAUUUUGUUUGUUAUUCAUUUUAGAAGUUGGUCAAUAUUUUUAACAAGUUCUCAUUACAGGGUAUUGCCAAGGAUGUCCUCUUUCCUCUUGUUCCACAAUUCACCCAAGCAUUUGUUGAAGUUCUGGCAAUGUCUGAUAGUCCCACAGUUGAUUGUGGCUUGAAGAUGGAAGUGCUUAAAGUUAGUUUUUAACCAGUCUGUUUUGAUAUUGAAAACUUUCUUCUGUGUUCAUUGAAUGGAUUGCUUGCUUAUUCCUUGUUUCAAGGCAUCCUGGCUUCCUUUUGUAAUUACACAAUACAUAAUGCCUUUGGCUGUGAGUGAAUGUGAGAGUGUAGGCCUGCAAUGCAUGCAUGAAUUGAAAUUUAUUGUUAAUAUCAUAUUAUUGUCUUAUGCCAUGCAUACUUGGUGAAAUGGAUAAACCUUCCCCUUAUGAGCUAAGAAGGUCAAAUGUUAGAGUCAUGGCAGCAUCAAUCUUCUUUUGUCUUUUUGGUUUUGUUCUUUUAUUUCCUUUUUCGUUUUUUUUCUUUUCAAAAUUUACAUUCUUCUUCAAAAGCAUAUCCAUCCAGAAAGUCACCAUUUUUUGUGCAGUUAUUGACAUUCAACAAUUCAAUUACUGAAGCAUGGCUUUUUUAUUUUCUUUUCCUGCCCAGAAAAUGACACACAUCAAUCCUAAAGAUGCCAAUUCCAGGAAGUGCAUAAAAGAUUCUGAAUUCCCAUUUCCUUUCUUUUUGUCAAUUAGGCAUUAACAACACUGGUUAAGAACUACACCAAACAAAUGGCACCACACUUAAUGCAGAUUCUUCCUCACAUGUGGAAUACAUUGACUCAGAGUGCUGAUCGAUAUGUCCGCACAGUUGUAAAUUACACUGAUGAUGCAGAUGACCCUGUGGAUUCUGAUGGUGAGUUAAUUCUACAAUUGAUUGAAAAACAAUUAUUGCGCUGAAAGAAAAUCAGUUUGUGCAACAUUACAUCUUCUUACAAUCACCACUUUUUCUUUUCUCGUAUUUCAGGAGAAGUGUUGGGAUUUGAGAAUCUUGUUUUCAGUGUUUUUGAGUUUAUCCAUGGACUUAUAGAAACACCAAAAUUCAAGAAAACCGUCAAGAAGUUUUUAGAUGAACUUAUUUAUUUCUUGGUGUUGUACAUGCAAAUCACAGAGGAGCAGGUGGGUUUUGUUUUUCGUUGUUUCUUUUUUUUCAGCCUAUUAUCUCUCGUGUAUAUUGCACUCACAUUUCCAUCAAACGGUAGCUUUCAGAUACUUGGCUCAUUGACCAAACAAUAAAUUUUUUCGCUGUUAUUUUACGUACAGGUUCAAGUGUGGACAUCUAAUCCUAAUCAAUUUGUUGAAGAUGAGGACGAUGAUACAUUUUCGUUUUCUGUUCGCAUUGCGGCUCAAGAUGUUCUCUUGGUAAGUGAAUGGAACAGCUUCGACCUUCAAUUCACACCUUUAGUAUUAGUACGCACGCCGUUUUCUUAUGGGGCUCACUUAUUAUAUUGCAAUUGGCUGAUCGUCUGUAAUUUACCUGCACAUCACACUAAAUUGCAUUGGAUUCAAAUACACCCAUUUGUGUGGUUGAAGCGCGUAAAUUGGAUGCAGUCACGAAACACAAGCGCGUCAGUAUGCGCUUGUAAUAAUUUUAUAAACGUGUCCAGGUCUGUAUGGGUCACGCGCGUUUUUUGCCCGCGUGAGGAUUAACCAGGGGUCUGGCACAAAUAACUAUUGGUGCCGGACCCUUUGCCGACCUCUCGCCGGCUCGUGUUGCCCAAGGCCUCGUACUUUCCGGCGGGCAAACAGACGAAACGCUGACAAUGAGGGUGUGCCCGUAGGCGCGAGUCAACACCUACCCCCCAAUUACCCUCGGCCUUUGUGCAGCUAAUUCUAUCGUUGAGUGAUUUCGAGGAAUUGUAACAAAUUUUUGCAUAGUCUUCAUUUGAUAUUUUGUAGGCAGUUGCUGCUGACUUUAAAAAUGAAAGUGCAGUCGCAUUGACAAAAGCACUCAACAGACAUUUACAGGAAUCAAAUGAACGAAAAAGCAAAGGAGAUGUUAAUUGGUAAGUGAGACGAAGUUUAGCCGAGUCAAGUUUUCUGUGUGUUCCUCUUACCUCGAAUGGUGGUUGUGAAUAAAAGACAGUCAUGGCUUACUAUAAUGCCCAAGUUUUAGCGUAGCUUCAGUGCGCACAAGCGGAGGCUCUUUACCCUAAGAAAACAUGAUUACCAAGAAUAUGCUGGAGAAUUUGUUGUCAUGAGAUGCGUCUGACUCUUACGAAUUUCUGAUUGACUGACUGGCUAAAAGACAGUUCUGACGUACCACAAUACCUUAGUCUUAGCGUAGCUUGAGUGCAUUCAAGCGGAGCCUCUACACUUAGGAAAAUCUAUUAAACUGGGAAAUUUGUGGUCACGAAAUGCGUUUGACCGUCGUUACAGAUUUCUGACCGAUAGGAAAAUAAUGGCCCUUGAGAUUGCUCCGUCGCUAAAAAUUACCCAUUAAAGCUCCUUUUUUGGGUUUGCUUAAAUCCAUUUGUUAUAAAAUUUAUUCUCUAUUUCAGGUGGAAAACACACGAGUCGUGCAUGUUGGCAAUGGGUUGUAUUAAAUCACUUAUUAUUGACAAAGUCUCCAAUGGCAAAGUGUCUAUAGAUAUGGCGUCAUUUCUGACCCAGGUUGUGCUAACAGACCUCCAAGAAUCAGGUAAAUACUUGAUUUAUUUUGAGAAGCGAGACUGUUAAAAGAGAAUUUAUGCGAUUUGGAUGAUAAAAAGCAAUUGAUAUCGAAAAAUAGGUUAUGGUUUGUCAUCGUGGUAAAUAACACAUUCAAAAGAGAAGUAUAAUCGUUUGUCUCAUGAUAUGGUCACUGUGGAUGUGGAUCGCAACGUUUCGACUACAUACUGCUAGUCCUCUUCAGGCGAUUAAAACUUCUCUUUUGAAAGUAAAUUGCAAUUAAAUGCAUUUUCAAUUCUUUGCACCCUACCAAAUUACCUAAGAACUUGGAAAAAGCUGUGGCAACCGAAAUUGAACUUUGAAAUUUGCAAGAGUAACAACUACUUUAUCUCUAAAAUGUGCCAUACUCCCACUCCCUCAUAUUCAAAGUAUUAUCAAGGUGUUACGUCAUACGUUGUAGUUAAGACCACAAAGCAACGCCGACCAACUUUGAUUCUGAGGUGGAAAGGGGUAAAGUUACAAAAAUAUUUUUGGCGUGGAAAAUGUUGCAGUGAUAAUUAAAUGAAAUGGCUCACAGAACAUGAUGCAACAAAGGCAACUAAUUCCCAAAUCACUUUCGAGUAGGUAUCUACGAGAAAACAGCUUAGUUUUUUUUUUUUUUUUUUUUUGAGUUCUUGAAACUCCCUGGCUUCUCACGAGUUUUGAGAAGCCACCAAAAAUUUCUUGCUGCCAAAAAUGCACGGACGGAGGUUUGGGGUCCUUCAAUAAGUAAAGCCGAAGCAAAAAUUUGAAAUAUACUCUAUAAAGGAAGGAUGAACUUGUUUUUAAAGAAAAAUUUUUAAUGGAAGUGUUUUCUUCCUGUUAUCUUUCAGUAUCGCCUUUCCUCAUCGGUCAAGCGUUAUGGGUGGCAAGUCGUUUUACUCCUCUAAUGUCUCAAGAACUUUUAACAAGGUAAGAUGACUAAUGCAGAGUAAAUUUCUCUAAAGAAUUGACGUUUUUUGUCAGAAUCUUCUUGAGCUCAGUGACAUUAAUUUUCUAAGCAUCCAAAGUAUUACCUCAGAACAUUAGCAGCUCAUAGACUAAUAGGCUUACUCUACAAUGAUAAAACUAAAAACAAUUUUCAUUUCAAUGUUUUGUGUGCGAGGUUCCCUCUCUUUUGAUAUUACAAGUCGUAUAUCUUUGAGCUCUGAACCCGUUAACAUUUCUCAUGUUUAGCUUCAUCGAAGCAUCCGUCACGGGUCUUCAGUCAGCACAGUUACCUGCAGUUAGAAUAUCAGCUGUUAGAGCUAUUUACGAGUAAGUAAACCAUUUUUUUUUCUUUUUGAUUUAUCAUUCUUUUAUUGAAGUCAAGAAAUCGUUGGUUAGUGUCGACAAACACCACUAACGUAAAAAAGGCGAGGAGGCUAGAGAAUACCAGUCAUAUGCCCCCAAAAACUUGCUUUCAGAAAGUCAUGACCCAAGAUGCAGAAUUCUAAACUGGGAUGAUUUUUUUAUCACACUAAAGGGCCAAAAUGCAAAUUAGCUUUUUGAACUUUACCCUAACUUAGUGUUAAAAGAAGAGCCAAUAAAAUACUAACCACUGAGAUGUUUCUUUUAACACUUAACUACCAAGAUCUGAUUGUUAAUUCUCCCUUCUAGCUGAUACAGAUUUCCUUGUAAAUUAGUUAUGAGAACUUGGUGUUAGAUCAAGAUAACAACUUCUACCUGAUACGUUUGAGUAUUCUCAUUACCUAUUUGCUGGACUAAGUAUGGAUAUUAUAGGGAGAACUUACAUGUUUAUCACUUCUGAGAGUUAAAGGGUUAAGUUUUGACGUCGUUUGUCGUCAAGUAGUCUUGUAGCCUUGUUUGUUAUAGACUGAAUUUUUGUGAAUUUUUGCAGAUUCUGUGCCCAUCUUAAGAUGUCAAAUAAUACUCAGAUCCUAACGCCUUACCUUAUCAAGAUCAUGGAAGGGCUACUAACCAUGGCGACUCAAACGACAGACGAUGUGCUGGCUCUCGUUCUCGAGUCUCUUAGAAUAGUCAUGUCGGUAAGAUGAUGGCUCAGGUCUGUUUUGUUGAAGCGAUUUUCUGUUGGGUGUCGAAAGUAGUUGGGAAUCGUAUUGUUCAUGCUUCACUGCGGUUUGUGAUUGGUUUCUAAAAUUUGCCACACCCUCUCGACCAAUCAGAUCUAGAUCUAAAACAAGACGCGACUUGGUUAAUUGCCUUUUCUAGCGUUUUGUAGCUUAUGUGUUGCCGAACCCUCCCAUCCCCAAAGGAGUUUCUCCUGGGGGGGAGGGUACGGCUACAUGUAGGCGAGCGUUUUGGAGUCCUUAUUGGCGGCACUUUGUGAUUUGUUCUUCUAUUUUGAUUGGCUGUCAAUAGUUGUCGACGCUAAGCAUCUGUCAUUAGUGAUGAAUACUGCUUGCUUUCAGGUUAACAAGGAAUUUACAACGUCUUGUGAAGGAAAAAUAACACCGCUGACGAUAGCGCUCUUUAUUAAGUAUGCUCACGGUAAGUGUGAGUGAUAAUGGAAAAAUUGAAAACAGAAAACUAAGUUCUCACACCUUAAGUUAUCUCACCAGUCAAAGAUGCUCGCAUGAGAUUUUGCUUUGACUUGUUAUCAAUUGGUACUUGUUUCUCAAAAGUAUGAUGAUAUUAUAACUACAUUAUAAUCACAUAAAACUAUUGAAAUUUUGCGAAAGGAAUGCUGUUCCCAGGAUUUUUCUGUACACAACGUAAUAUUUACACAGCUAUUCAGGCGAAGCUCUGCACACAAUAAGUCCCAAGACUACAAACGCCCCUUCGUGUCCUGUGUUGAGAGUCAAUCCAGCAAAUACCCCGCCACUUCGGUGUUAACUGUGUCUUUGUUUUCAGAUGCUGCUCUUAUUCCGUUGAUAGAGGACUUAUUCAAAGAACUUGCCAUGAUAGAGGCUUGUAACAAGGUAAUUCUUUUACUUCCAUAAAAGCUUCAAAUUUAACAGCCAGGUUCCAAGUCGGGGAAAAAAGCGCAAGGACUGUUAGGGAGUGUGACCUAAAUGGGCUGCGACCUGCACAAAGAAGGCGGAGCCUACCAACACUCAAAUGUAGACGAAUCCUCCAAUAUCUGACAGGAAAUCGAACAAAGCCGCUGGAAAUACGAAGGAUCUGACCGGAAUCAUACGGAACUGUGCAAAAUAAGACAACUCCCUUCGAUAUCAGACGAAGUCAGACCUAAAUGUCUGAUUUCAGACGGCACCGUCCGACAUCGAACAGAAAUGUCUGAAAUCAGAAGUAACCUUUAGAAAUUAGACAGAACUAUCCAAAAUCAGACGAAACCGUUCGAAAUCAGACGGAACGGUCUGAAUCAGACGAAACUGUCCGUAAAUAAGACGAAAUGAUCCGAAAUCAGAUGAAACCGUACGAAGUCAAACGUAACUGCCCGAAAUCAGACAGAACUGUUCGAGAAAGGGAGGAAAACAUCCGACAUUAAACGAAAUCAUCCGAACGAGGACCGAACAGGAGUCCUUUUAUGCUUGACGUAGUUCUCCUGCUAUUUCUUUGAAUCUUUACUUGUUUACUCCUCUGUUCAUUCUUAACAAAGUUCUCUCUCUUUUUUUCUUUUCUAGCUUUUACAACAGAGGUUUUUGCCGACUGUAAUAAGUAUUUUUCAAGCACCGCCAGAAAAGACACCUUUAGGAAUAAAUGCUGUAAGUUGAAAACACAGAAGCAUUUAAAGUUAAGAACAAGCUCGAACGAAUUUUAGAUAUUGUUUUGUAGUAUUUCGACAGCUUUCUUGUUUUCAUUUUUCUCCCUUGAUCCUGAAUGCUCCCUUCUUACAGGAAAAACGAAAACAUAUCCGCCAUGUUUUCAUUUUUCCUGCGUGUAAAAAUCGAUUAACCCUUCAAACCCUAAGAGUGACCAGCAUCUUAUUUCUCCUUACAGUUAUACUGCUGAAUCAUUCACGACGAUCAUGACAAUAAAGGACAUGAUCGCCGACCUUAGAAGCUUUGAUUGUUAAACAAAUUCUCCUAGUCAGCACCUUAGUAAAUGUGUAGAUAACAGUAUGGAGAAUAUGCAUGCCGAUGUAAGAGGUAAAAGGUUACGAAACCAAAGAAAAAAGUUCCACGCCUGUGAUCGUACGUUGCGCCUACCAUUCAUGUAACUCAAUGUCGGUUAAAUGUAUUUCUUUAACCUGUUGAAUUUCCACCUGUCGCUUGAUGUCACUCGUCCGUAUUUACUUCUUUGCAGGUCUGUAUGGAUAUCCUAUGUAACAUCAUUCGGUGCACACAGCCUCCCCUUUCCGAUCUGCUACUGAACUCUGUGUUUCCUGUCGUUGUCAAAACAAUACUCGGCUCUGAUGACAAUGCGGUGUUGCAGGUAAUUUAGACACCACUUUUAUUGCUCAAAGAACGUUGGUGUGUUUGCACACGGUUCGCACUUCAUUAAAGAAUAUAACCUUAGCUAGUUGCAAUCCUUAUCAAUAUUCUGUAUCUGGAACAGUUUUAGUGUCUUUUUCGGUUUCCUCUAGCCUCGUAGGUGUUUUUUUUUUUACCCUGGCAAAUAAAUAUGUAGGGUUUUUAAAAAUUAACCUUCAUUUUCAGAGACACAAAAACAACUCAGAUUAUUAUUAUGUGACGUAGCUUCAUUAACGAUGAUUAAUCAAGAAUGAAUAAUUUUUCGCUACGAGGUGAAUAGCCUCUCCCAAUUCUUACACGCCUGCCUCUCCCCAUUCUUACGAGCUUGCCUCUCCCCAUUCUCACAAGCCUGCCUAUCCCCAUUCUUACGAGCUUGCCUCUCCCCAUUCUCAUAAGCUUGCCUCUCCCCAUUCUCACAAGCUUGCCUCUCCCCAUUCUUACAAGAUUGUCCUUACGUUGGUCUUUUGAUAAAGUUUUCAAAAUGACAGCAUAUCUAAGUUUCUCUCGGACACAGUCUGUUCGUCAGAAACGAAAAGAUCUGCAUACUUGUAUUUACACUUUGAACUCGCCAGUCGAGACGUUCGGGUUCGGAUCGUAGCCCUUUUCAUUUUGUUGUGUCCUUACGUCAUACAAGAUACUGAGGUUGGGGGGGGGGUUGGCUUCUGAUUUACAAGAAAAUCCGACAGAAAGCCUAAAAGGUGACCUUUUAUAACAACAGUAUUAUUAUAACGAGGAAUCGUACUAUUCAAAAACUCAGUUCCCUUUGGUUUGAAUCAUUUUUGCCUGAGUGCUGACUAAGAGUUUGAAUAUCCUCGUUUUUAUUCUAGGGAGGCGGACAGUGCCUUCGUGCAUUUGUCUACGUAUCUCCUGAGCAGAUGAGUGCUUGGUGAGUAACCAUCACCCUCUCAUUUUUCCUUGAAAAUUACAUUCCCUACAGUGAUGAACGCAACUGUAGUGAGUUUUUUUUACAGACAUUCUCGUUGGUAGAGACCUUCCUAUAACGAUCGCCUUGACAAAGCCUUCUAGUCAAACGAAACUCGAUAUGAUCAUCAUGGCCAACCAGAAUUAAGCUCUUAUUUCUUUAUUAUCUGGUGUACUGACACUGUACCGUAACCCACUUACUUAAAUGCGAACACCUUUAUUUCUUACAACUAAAUCUUGAACUGUGCAUUUCUUUCUAAUUUAAUUUUGGUUUCUAGGCGGGAUUCUCAAGGAAAUAGCGCCAUUUCUUACGUUGUUCGAGCAACUUCACACCUACUCGACCCCAGGGCUCCAGAGUUCACGGCCUCCUUUGUUGGUAGACUGGUGACUACUUUAAUCAGUAAGGCAAGUGACAAAAUCCCUCGUACUUAAUGCGUUUGUGGAUACAUAUUAAGGAAAACCUGUAAAACAUUUUUAAAUGCUCUUGACUGUUGGUUGAUAAAUAUUCUACACUUUACUCACAUUACAACUUGGAAUUUUCUGUGGACGCACUUAAAUCCCUUUAAAUCACCAGACAUAAUUUUCCUCUUCUCAUUGUAGGUCGGAAGUAACCUCGGGGACAACCUUGAUUUGCUUUUAAGAGGAGUCCUUAGCAAACUUCAACAGGCAGAAACGUUAAGUAUAAUACAGGUGAGACACUUCAUAUGAAAUUAUUAUCAACCAACAAAGUUUUUCGUUUCUGAAGGUUAGAUUAUUUUGUGGGUUAUCUCAAUCUAUGAAGUUUCCCCUGUAGUGCGGAAGAAAGUUUCUUAGUAAACGUUGAAAUUUUUUGUCUCAGCCAACCGCCUCCACUUGUGAAUUACUUAUUUUCGAUGAAAUCUUCUGCGUUAGAGCUCUCUCCAAGUUUGCUUUGUCUAUCUUUUGGGAGUUCAGUCACGGUUCAAUGGUAAAUGAAUUAUCCUGAUAUAUAAAUACAUACAUAUGUAUACAUAUAUAUAUAAAAUUUUUUUUUUUUCUUUCAGUCACUGGUCCUUUCGUUUCUUCAUUUAAUGAACAGUCAGCUAGAAACGAUCCUCAAUUUUCUGAGUGGAGUCCCAGACCCAACUGGCAAGUCAGCGCUGGAGUAUGUGGUCAGGAUAUGGUGUGCAAGACAACCCGAGUUCUUUGGCGUAUAUGACAGUAAAGUGAGGUAACUCAGAGGCAGAGUAGAGCGAGUGUCGCAGUGAAAAGCCAAAGUUAACACAUUGUUCUAUUAGAAUUAAGGAAAGCAUGCUAAGGAAGCGCUGCGAAAGAAAGGAAAUGAGCCAACUGGCUAAAGCGCACGGAAAUGCGCGUGACCAAGUUGUUUAGUUUUUCAUCUAACUGGUUGAGAAAAUGGCGUGAGUUUUCUGACCAAUCACAGAGCUGGGGUCGUGAGCUUUGUUACCAUUUUCGCCUGGGUGCGCUCUUUGUGGUGUUAACUUUCUGUAUACCUUCUUAUUUUAUACGAAACGUAUAUAAUGCCCAGUUAUCAACUCCCUGUAAACACGCCGUUGAAAUCAAAACUUGUUUGGAAGAGGAGUUGGUGUGGUGAGGAGAAACGUUUCGUCUGAAGUAUUCAACUGUUUAUCGAUUCCUUUUUUUUUCUUUUUUUUUUUAGUACUAUGGCCCUUUGUAAUGUACUACAGUUCUUCGUGAACACUGGUGACAAAAGACUUUCAAGUAUAAUUGUGAAAGGCGAGAGGAUUUUUCAGCAAGAUGAAGGUACUGACUUGUGCUCUUACUCUAAUAAGCUGGUUACCCUGUGAGAGGCUCCUGCAGAGAGAGGGGAGUACUUUAAGAUCUAACUGCAGGGCAAAAAUUUUUGCCAAAUUUUAUUUCCAGUCUAAGCUCUUUUCUUACUUCAAUAUUAUGCCCAUUUUUUAUCGUUUGUGAUUCUUAGUUCCAGAGACCUAAAAAACCCAUAUUCCCCAUGAAUAAAAACAAGGAAUACAAAUCUCAGUUUUAAUUUCAAUCGUUCAGGUCCCCUCCUUAAACCCCUAAGACAUGAUUGACACUUCUCCCUUCCUGUGGCUAUACAUUUCAUUUUGAAUUAGUUAAGAGAAUUUUUUACUUUAAGCAAGAGAAAUUCUCUUACAUCAAGAUAACUCUCUCUCUGGGUUAAGUUUGCCCUUUUUUUUUCAUCACCUGUUUGACGAAUAAUUUAUUGAAAAUGUGACAAGAAGCCCCAUGUUGAUGACGUCUAGAGGCUGGGGAUUGCAUUGUAAAUAUGAGUUGCGAAUGCGGAUAAAUGUCAGUAUCUAAACAACUGCACACCUACCCUUCCCCUAACCCAACAACAGUCGACUGAUAACAAGUUGGGCUGGAGGAGGGGUAGGAGCGAAGUUGCUCAGAUACUGGAAUUGUGAGUACUAUGCCUAGAGCUUAUACCAAUGGUGUGUCAUAUUAAACUCUAGAGGUUUCCUUUCUGUCUUUGUGGUAGGCAUCCGAACAAGAUCAAGAGCUGCCAAAGGUAGGUCACUGAUAGCUUCACCCAGCUUUUUAUCUGGUUGUCAAUUAUACACAAUUUUGCAUCCUUUUCUCAGCGACUCCCAGAAAAUAUUUUUUUUAAAUGCCUUUAUUUUCUCGCCAAAAUUAAAUCGGUCGGCGCGUAUAACAUUUUUUCCCGCCUAAAUAUCAAGUUUUUUUGUGCAUUUUCCCGCCCAAAUAGUGCUAGUAGUUGUUUGGCGCAUCUUGGUGUCAACAUGAGUCUAUUGAGUACGCAGAACAGUUUCUUACCCUAAGUUCGUGGAACCUGGUUACUCUUUUAUUUGAUUUUUAAAAUUGCAUCUUGUUUCAGCUCCCGAGCAGUGGACAUUGAUCCCUGUUCCAGUCAAGCUCUUUAAAUUAAUCAUCAAUGAGCUGGGCACGUUACUGGAAAGUGCUACGGCGGGUGACGAGCAUGAGGACGGGGACUCGGACGACGUAAGCAUACGAGUUCCUUCCUUGAUAUAGAGCCUAGCUGCUUGCUCUAUGAGACUUUUCUUUUUUUUGCGCAGUCUUUGACUCACACUUACUAUUAACCACAUCAUAAUUUUCUAAGCGUGUAUUUCUUCUCAAUAUUUACGAAAUUAUGACAGAGCUGUUUAUUGAUCGGUAUUAAGCUGAUAGUCCUGUUAACUCACUGUGCUUCGUUUGUCUCAAGGGAGAGGAGGGUUGGGAGGACGUGAAUGAUGAAGAAGAAGGCAUCGAUGCUUCUGGAUCACCUUUUGCGCCUGCGUCGGAUUACUUAGGUACGAUCUUUUAUUCAGACCACAAGUAGCCCAAGUUCACACAAUGAGCCUCGGCAAACAUGGAAGUAUGAUCAUCUUGCACAAUGGGCGAAUAGUGUGCUUUAAUACAAGAAUGAACGGUUGCACUCUUUACCCAAAAAUCUGAAGUAGUUUUUCAUGAAGAGAAACUCCCUUCACUUCUUCGUUUGUUCCUUGGAAUAUGGAGAGUUUUAUAGGCUGGUUUAGGGCUCGUUUUAAACUGGCAACCUCUGUACACACCUUAGAAUAUAACACUCGUUCAUGAUUAUUCCAUGAUUUACCCCGCGCUUAGCGAAAACAAGCGUUCAUGAAAUUAUCACGAAUUUGUAAGUCGCCUGAAUUUUUGUAAGUCCUAAUAUCCACGCCAGAGCCCAGAAGUGGAAUCGAUGGUUUUAUUUCCGCGACGAUUAUUUUAGCCCCAUUUUCUCAUCACCUUCCAAACAUUUUUGACGCUUGAGAAACAAUAGCUUUUUAUGUCGCACUCUGCAAUUAAACUUCAACAAAGUCGGUAUAAUUGCCCUUACAGAUAUAACCCAAAGUGACGAGAUUCUGCCUUUUGACGACUACUUUUAACGUCAAUUCUACGCUCAUUGUUUACGUUAGUAAUCUUUGUGUCUAGUUAUACCAAGUGUUCACAUAAACUUCUUCCUGUUGUCUCCAAAAAUUCUGUUUCCUCGCACAAGACGCGUCACUUUUUCUCAUUUUAGCGCCUCCAAUGCAUUAAUUUUGUUUAUUCAAAUUGAAGCAAUUUCCUCCUCAGUUCGCGUUUAUCUGAAAGCCCUCGUUUGUCUGGUUGCUGCUGAGGAGGAGCAGAAUACUGUAAAUACGGACGGAAAAUUGUGAAUAGCCUGCGAAGAGGUCUUGAUUAUUAAUAGAGAGCUUAAGCACAAACGUUUUUGAGAGGCAGACGGAAGCCGGAGGUUAAAAUAUUCUCUUCAUAGUGCUCACCACACUUUUUUUGGGUCGGCACAGUUUGAUUUAAAAUGCUAAAGCGACCACCUUACAGUCGCUGCAUUGAUCUCAAAGUGCGCAAGAAUGAGUUUUAUUCAUCUUCCAGUAGCUGUCCAAGUCUCAAAAACGUCUCAUCUUAAGUUCUCUAUUAGCGUCGCAGAAUGCGCGUUUUACCGCACGGGAGAAGAUACGAGACGAGUCGGGAAGAGGUUUUCCCGGAUCUGGCACUAAUUUUUAGUAGUAGACCCCAUGUUCGCCAAGCUCAAAGCCUCAUUCUUUACUGCGGGCAAAGAAACGCCCGCAACGAGGGCCUGCUCGCUGGGUGAGAUCUGAGUUCGUCGAGCAUGACGUGUGGUGCACUUUACUGGUUUGUGUACAUAAGAACAGCUGUCCUUGAUUAUCUUAAGCUUCUUAUCGUCCAGGUUUUGAUCAAGAAGACUUUGAAGAUGAAGAUGAUGAUGACCCAGAGAUAAAGAGUGAUCCCAUUUAUACACUUGAUUUACAGGUAAACUACUGAUUAUUUUAUCCUUCUGUGAUUUAACCUCACGCUCUAAGAUAAAAGAUUAAAGAUGACAAGUGCGAAAAUUGACGCAAAGCGUCUUUACAAACAAACCCUUCACUUAUCAAAAUAUUUAUGCAACGGAUACUUUUUUUUCGUGCCCGAAAAGUGCCCUAUCAGUAAGAGCAAAAGGGGUAAGUUUCCGAGAAUCUGUGGUGCUGCGUCGGUGAGGUGUUUUUACAAGAUAAAUUCGUUGAGAAUGUAAAUUAACCACCGCGAAGAGUUGCUAAAGCUGACGUUUCGAGCGUCAGCCCUUCGUCAGAGCAAACAGGAGUUUGAGGCCGUAUCACCGUAUCAAUUUUUGGUCACUCUGCACUGAUUUCCUACAUUUGUGUUAAUUUCCAAGGGUCCAUCUCGGCUUGAUGCUCAGGAAAUGUUUCAUAACAACUCGCCAUUCGUAACCUUUGAUUCUUAAAAUGCGUCUUUUUAACAUGCCUGUUAAAUCAACAUUGGCAUACUCUUGAUAGCCUGCUCGUUAUUAGCACUGCCAGACGAGCGUUUCUCCGUCUCCGGGAAGAUUUGAGACGAGUUGGAGAGGGGUUUUCCAGGGAUCUGGCGCUAAAAAUUUUCAGUACUAGACCGCUGGCAGAUCUUUCGCCGAUUCGCGUUGCUCAAAGCCUUUAACAACUUUCCCUAGACGAAAAAACGUUCGUGCCGAUGCGCAAUAAUACCAGAUUUUCUGUUAUAUUCUUGUUGGUUUUUCAUUUUGAGUGAUUGGCCUCAUCUCAAUUUUCCUUUCACCCAGAGUCACUUGAUCAAGUUUCUACAGACGUUCGCUCAACAACAGUGUUAUCCGAGCUACUUACAAGCACUGAAUGCACAGGAGCGACACACCUUAUCCAAGAUCGGAAUUGCUUCGUAAAAAGCUGCAGGGGUUUCCUAUUAUAAAAUACCCUCAGUCACAAGACAAGACAAGCAAGGAGAAAAAUACUGCGUUGAAGCGUGACUUUCUACUGUUGUAUCUGAUAUGUGACUGCGAACUUGCACAAAGGCGGGAAACGCGGUCCCUUCGGAGCUCAGAGUGAAAACUAAAUGUGAACGGAUUUGCAAAUGAACUUCUAGGUAGCGGCUGAAAAUACAGUAAUAUAAGACAUGAAUAAUUUAUUUGAGAAAAAGAGUGCGGAAAGCCGGAUUCGCUGGAAGCAGCGAUAGAGGAAAUUAGUGGUUAACUGAGCUCAAGCUUGCGCACCAGGUAAUAUUUCUUUUGGCAGGUAGAAUUCUCGAGGCCGAUCUAAAUGUGUGAGAGGGAGUGUAGUUCGAUGUUAAUCUAGCAGAACGUCUGUGACAUUGAACUGUUCGUAAAAAAAUUCAAGUUUAUUCGCGAUUUUUAGAAAGUAUUUGUAGAAUGGAAACUUGAAAAUAUGAUGACAGAUAAUAUCAAAAUGAACGGAGCCUUUUGAGCCUAUGCUGGCGAGAGACUUUAAGAGGCUGGAGCUUUACACAUUUCCUUCCUUCCAUCUUACAGAGAAAUAUUUUUCCCCUUUUUUUUGUUUUUUGUUAAAGACUUAAAGCGGUGAUAUUGUGGAGCUCUAGUUGAUAUAUUAGCUAUAUCCUUGUUGCUUAAUCGGCGUAAAACUAUCCACUGGUGGAAAUGUUUGAAAAAUGAAGAAAAAAUGUUUUAAAGAUGCUGAAUAUUUACCAAAGGACUUUUACAGGGCAGAGAGGUUCUAGGAGAUUUUCAUGUGAACUGCUCUGUUUUGUUGCAAAAAUGAUCACCACCACCACGACUAGAAUCAAAAGGAUUAGAGACAAACGAUAAAUGAUACGUUAGCCCCCGACAAAUCAAAGUCCUGUGAAAAAUAGCUACCUGAACGUAUGCCCUUGGCAGUUGAAGAAAUUUUCAGAAUUUUCGAGCGAAACUUCGCGUUAUGUUUCCGGCCAAAUCGCUGGCUUAACUGCGCUAUUGCACAUUUGUGAUUCCCUGUUUGUAAAUGGUAUAGUGUAAUUAUAGGUAGGAAUUUGCAAAUAAAGAAGCUCG